AUGCCGCCUACCUCUCGCGCUUCACAGCCUCCACCAAAUGCUCAACCACAACUUGCCAUUCCCCCUCUGAAUGCGAGUAAUCUCCAACAACUUGAACGUCAGCAAGAGGAAGCCCUCCAACGUGCAAGACGAGUCCAGAAUCAUGCAGCCCCUCCUGCUCCGACGACUUUACAACCACCUUUCCCCCUAGGAGCCCCAUCUCCACAAGGUGUUCCACAUGCCUACGGACCACCCGGCUUGACGAAGGAUAAAUUGGUGAUUCCACCCGCAAAAAGGCGGAAACAAAAUCCAGCGGCUAAAACGUCUGCUACUUCGACUCCUGCAGCACCCGCAUCCACAUCGCAGGGUCAAAAGCAGACUCCUGCAGCAGAGACAAAUAAACCAACGCCACCCGUUUCGAACUCCUUCCGAUGUCCUGUAUCUGAAUGCGAACAUCAUAUUAGAGGCUUUGCCACUCAAGUCGCCCUUGAUACCCAUAUUAAUGAGCUCCACAAAGUUGAGGAACUCGUUGAAAAUGCACUUGAAUUUGUUCUUGAGAGUUAUCGUACAGCCUUAGCUAUCGAUAAACAAGAAAAGAAAACGCAAGAGGCAGUAGAAGAUGAAUCUAAGCGUAAAAACGCGCCUGAGCCUGAACUGCAGCGCCCGCCACAACCGAGCAAGCCAAGCUCAACCCCCAAGCUUAACAGUGAACAUAUGACACCUGGAACAACCCCCGCUGGUCGCUCAGUAAGCCAGGCUGGGAUGAAGCCUUCUCCAAGUUCGAACAAUGCAAAAUUAUCACACGGACCCGCUGCCACCGGCAAUGGAACAGCUGGGUCAAAUGCUAAAGAGCAGCAGAGCAAAGAAAGCAAGAAGGACAAUGGUAAAAACGGCGAGCAAGAAUCGUCGCCUGAGGAUAUGGUAUUCGUCAAGGACCCGUGGGCUGAGAGUGCAAUCUCGAUCGAAACAAUCCGCUCUGGGUUUAGUGAUUGGGGGUCAUUCCCUGGGCUUGAGUCUGAUCCUCUUGAAGAAGUUGAUGUGAACAUGAGCGGAUCGAACGAUGAUAGCUGGAUCCCGUCGGACUGGGUCAAUCUCCCCGGCCAGCUUGAAGGGGGUUUGCUAAUGAACGAGCCCUGGGAGGAGGUCAACUGGGAUGCCUUGGAAGAGAAUGAAUAUGAUCUGAACGGGAACAAUCUUGAACAGGUUGUAUAUUCGAUCUAG